AUGGCAGGCCGACCAGGCGAAACGCACCGUGGCGAUUUUGGUGGCAGUGCCAACUGGGAUUUGCAGCAAGUAGCUCGAUAUAUUUGCCAAUGGGAAGCUGCUAACAGUACAAAUGGCCAAACAUUGUUGAAUGCGAUUGUUCAAUAUUUGACCGGCCUUCAGUCGAACGGUACCUUCCAACCAUUAUUGUCGAAAUACAACCAGACCGUCGCUUACGUUCAAAAUGCGACAAAUAAGGCACUGUUCCUAAGCAACUGUACACAAUUCUUUCAAGGACUGAAAGAAGCAUUCACAAGAGACAUACAACAGCAGGAACAAAUUGAACAGCUCGGUAGCAGUGUGAAACAGCAAGUGAUGAAACUGUUAGUUGACGUAUUCAACGGCAUCGCGCAAUCAUCACCAUCAUCGGCGACACAGAUGAGUCCAGAGUCAUCAAUAAUACUGACAACAACAGCCGUUGUAGGCUAG